AUGGCUGGUGACGGGCCCCACAAUGUUGCAAUGAACAAUGGGACUGUGCGUGUCAAUAUGUCGAAUGUGGACUCACCUCUACAGAUAUUUGUGAGAGCAAAAAAGAAGAUUAAUGACAUAUUUGUUGAAAUUGAUGAUUAUGUUAAGGAUGCAGUUGUAUUUAUGCAUGCGGUAUCGGGUGAAAAUGGUAUUGCAUCAGUACAAGAUGUGGCCAAUGUGGAGGCGUAUGUUAACAAGGUGCAGGCCAUACGGGAGGUGCUCAAGCGCGAUCACAUGAAAGUGGCGUUUUUCGGCAGAACAAGUAACGGCAAGAGCACGGUGAUCAACGCGAUGUUGCACGAGAAGAUACUGCCCAGCGGCAUUGGGCACACCACCAACUGCUUCCUGCAGGUGGAGGGCUCGGACACUGACGAGGCCUUCAUGAGGACUGAAGGCUCGGAGGAGAAGCUUAAUGUACAGUCAGUAAGCCAGCUGGGGCACGCGCUGUGCGACACGCGGCUGAAGGAGUGCUCGCUGGUGCACGUGUACUGGCCGCGCGAGCUGUGCGCGCUGCUGCGCGACGACGUGGUGCUGGUGGACAGCCCCGGCGUGGACGUCACGCCCAACCUGGACGAGUGGAUCGACCAGUACUGCCUCGACGCGGACGUGUUCGUGCUCGUCGCCAACGCUGAGUCCACGCUCAUGGUCACUGAAAAGAAUUUCUUCCACAAAGUAUCGACAAAGAUAUCACAACCGAAUAUAUUCAUACUGAACAAUCGAUGGGAUGCCUCGGCCUCGGAGACUGAAUACUUGGAACAGGUGCGCAGCCAGCACGCCACGCGCUGCGUGGACUUCCUGUCGCGGGAGCUGCGCGUGUGCUCGCCCAAGGAGGCGGAGGAGCGCAUCUUCUUCAUCUCCGCCAAGGAGGCGCUGCUCACGCGCAUGCGCGAGCGGGAGAAGCCCGUCUCCUCGCCAAUACUAGCGGAAGGGCACCAGGUGCGGUACUUCGAGUUCGUAGACUUCGAGCGCAAGUUCGAGGAGUGCAUCAGCCAGUCGGCCGUGCGCACCAAGUUCGCGCAGCACUCGCGCCGCGGCAAGAACAUCGCCGGCGACGUCAUGGCGCAUCUGGAGAGGAUAUACAAUAGUUCAAGUGAAAUGAAAUCUGCCAAAGUGGAGAAACAGAGGAUACUCCAGGAGCAGCUGUCGGCCGUGGAAGAGCAGCUCACCACCAUCACUCGCCAGAUGAAGGACAAGAUAGGCCGCAUGGUGGAGAGUGUGGAACACAAGGUAUCACUAACCCUCAGCCAAGAGAUCCGUCGUCUGUCCGCCCUCGUGGACGAGUACGAGGCGCCGGCGCCGUUCCGCGCCGAGCGCGCCGCCCUCGACCAGUACAAGCGCGCGCUGCACCGCCACGUCGAGGCCGGCCUCGGCUCCAGGCUCAAGAAGAGGCUGUCCUCUGAUAUAGGUCAUGAGAUGGAUGAAGCGCAGAAGGAGAUGGCUGAGCGUAUGUACAACAUCCUGCCGGCGCACAAGCGCGCGGCGGCCGCGUCCUGCAUCGUGCCGCACCAGCAGCCCUUCGAGGUGCUCUACCGCCUCAACUGCGACAACCUCUGCGCGGACUUCCACGAGGACCUGUCCUUCCGCUUCAGCUAUGGCAUCACCGCGCUCAUACAGCGCUUCCAGGGACGCAAUACUAAUAAGAUUGCGCUGAAAAAUCCGCCUACUGUUACGCAAAUUCCGCCGUCGCUGGGUCCCGCCGCGCCGCCGAUGGAGCUGACGCGCAGCAACGGCGUGGGGCCGCUCAGCGCCGAGGAGUGGGGCAUGGUGUCCAAGUUCGCGCUCGGCGCGCUCACCUCGCAGGGCACCAUGGGCGGCCUGCUGCUGUCCGGCCUGCUGCUGAAGACGGUGGGGUGGCGCGUGGUGGUGGCGACGGGGCUGGUGUACGGCGCGCUGUACGCGUACGAGCGCUGCACGUGGACGGCGCGCGCGCAGGAGCGCGUGUUCAAGCGGCAGUACGUGGCGCACGCCGGCCGCAAGCUGCGGCUCAUCGUCGACCUCACGUCCGCCAACUGCAGCCACCAGGUGCAGCAAGAACUUUCAACAAUGUUCGCACGCCUUUGCCGCCUCGUGGACGAGGCCACAACGGAGAUGGACUUGGAGUUGACAGAGGUGAAAGAGGCCAUCAAGAUGCUGGAUGAGGCGGCCACAUCUGCCAAGAAGCUGCGCAACAAGGCCAACUACCUCAGCCACGAGCUCGAGCUGUUUGAUGAUGCUUUUCUGAAACAU